CCUUGCCCAUUGGGCACAGCUGGGGCCAGUAUAAAAGAGGUGCAGAGGAGUGGGAGGGAUCCUGGAGACCCUGAGGCCAUAAGGGAAACUGAGGCGCGCACACAGGUGUCCAUGGCGGGCUGGGUGCUGUGCGUGACGCUGGUGCUGGCAGCGCUGGCAGGGGCGGCGGGCGAGACCCGCUACGAGAAGUUCCUGCGGCAGCACGUGGACAGCCCCCGGACGUCCACGCUGGCGGCGCACCGCUACUGCGAGACCAUGCUGGCGCGGCGCCGCGUGACGGCCCCGGGCAGGCCCUGCAAGCCCUCCAACACCUUCGUGCACGCCCCGGCCGCCGAGCUGGUGGCCGCCUGCUCCCAGGCGCCCGACCCCGAGACAGGGUUCCAGAGCACGCCGAGCGCCCUGAGCCUGACGGCGUGCCGCCUGCGCGGCGGGGACACGCGGCCGCCCUGCGCCUACCGCGCCCGCCAGGCCCAGCAGCACGUGCGCGUGGCCUGCCGCGACGGGCUGCCCGUGCACCUGGCGGGCACCUACACGGCCCCGCAGUGAGGCCUGCCGUGGCGGGCCCCUGGAUCCUCCCUCCUGGCAGGGGCUCUGCUAGUGCUGCCAAUAAAGGACGUGUCGCAGGCCUGGGCUCCA